AGAUGCUCUCAUGCUUGUGAGUGAGGGUGUGAUGCCUGCCUGCCUGCCCCCGUGACAAAUCCCUGACGCCUUCAUCCGGGACUCUUCCACCAGACCACUCACUCUCCAACAUGGCGGCGUCAGCUAAGAAGAAUAAGAAGAAGGGCAAGACCCUGACCCUGAAUGACUUCCUUGCGAAUGAUAGCAGUGGCAGUGUACCCCCCAGUUACCCCAGCACAAAGACCGCCAACUGGGCAGACGAGACCGAUGACUUGGAUGCAGAUGUCUCAACUUCCUGGCAUACUGUGGAGGAUACGUAUCGAGCUCCUCCCAUCGACCGCUCCAUCCUGCCAACUGCACCUCGUGCAGCACGGGAACCAAACAUUGACCGCUCUCGGCUGCCACGCAGCCCACCCUACACUGCCUUCCUCGGUAACCUUCCCUAUGAUGUCAGCGAGGAAUCCAUCAAAGACUUCUUCAGGGGCCUUGCGAUCAGUGCAGUACGUUUGCCACGGGAGCCUAAUAACCCAGAGAGGCUUAAGGGUUUUGGUUAUGCAGAAUUUGAUGAUGUUGAAUCCUUCUUGCGCGCGCUCAGUCUAAAUGAGGAGAAUCUUGGGAACAGACGGAUCCGGGUGGAUAUCGCAGAUCAAUCCAAUGACAAAGAGAGGGACAGUGGGACAAUGAUGGGGCGAGACAGGGAUAGAGGUCGUGGGAUGGACUUUGGCCCUGAUAAGACCGAUUCUGAUUGGAGGGCACGGCCAAGUGGGGACCAGGAUGAUGGACCACGCAAAGACGAUGGAUACGGUGACAGGUCACGUGACCGCUAUGAGUCAGACCGAUUCAGAGAUGCUCCAAGACGUGAUGAUCGUUAUGACAGCGGUCGAGAUCGCUUCAGUGGUAGAGAACGCUACGAUGACAGAGGUAGCAGAGACUAUGAUCGUGGAGGUUAUGACUCACGUGGUGGUGGAGGACGACGAGGAUUCAGCAGUGGCUUCAGGCGAGACUAUGAUGACCAGCGAGAUGGAGAUCGAGAAGAGCGUUUAGACAGGAGGGAUGAUGGACGAGAAGAGAAGGGCCCUCCACAGAGGCCCAAGUUAAACCUGAAGCCACGGAGCAUCCCAAAAGAGGAGGAACAGAGCGGAAGCUUGUCUCCGCAGAGUAACACUGCUAAUUCCAGCAGGGCUUCCUCUAUAUUUGGAGCAGCCAAACCUGUGGACACAGCCGCCAAGGAGAGAGAGGUGGAGGAGAGGCUGAAGAAAGAACAAGAACGACUCCAGAAACAAUUGGAAGAGGACAAGAACAGGGCCUCGGAGAGACGACCACGAGACCGAGACUCGAGUUGGAGAAAUGAAGAGCCAUCUAAAGAGUGUCGACGCACAGGAAGUGAAUCCUCGCAACCUAAAGGAUCUAGGAGUCAAGAUGGUGAACAUUCAGAGAAUGAAGUCUUCAGUGGACAAGAGGAUGAGCCGAUCUCUCCUGCAUGUCCAUCACCCUCUUCCAAUCAGGGAGGGCUUCCACUGAAAGUAAUGCCAGCUCCUCCACCUAAAGAGAACGCCUGGGCCAAACGCAGCACAGGGGGUGGUGCUAAUGAGAAGGAAGGACCACCCUCAGCUGCCCCUAGCAACAAAAGCGCUCUUAAACCCAACAGGUCAGCUGAAGAGAGAGUAUUGGGUAAAGAUGAAAACCGGGUUGAUGGCGUUCGAAGGGAUAAAGUUGUGCCUCAGGGAGGAGGAGGAGGAGUUGGGAGAGGAGGGGGUCUGGGAAGAGGAGUUGACUGCUCAAACAAAGACAAACAGAGAGAAACUGCAGACAGGAAGGAGGUCAUACGGGAACGAGAUCCUAGAAUAGCCUCAGAACCAAAGAAAUAUGAAGAGAGCGCUCCUCCUCAAUUCAGCUCCGCAAGUAAGUAUGCUGCCCUACUAAUGGAUGGAGACCAGGGAGAAGAUGGAGAGGAAUGAACAAUUAGCAAGGAUCAACUAACUUCAGAAACACAGAACAGAAGAAAAGAGCAACUGAAUGAUCAAAUGAGGGGUUCAAUUAGAGUUUCCUCAUGAUGAGGGUGUGGUGUAGCUUAAGGGAUGAUGGCCAAGGUACCC